AGCGCAGAUCCUUUAUCCCCUCCUCCGCUCCUGCAAAAAUAGAAGAAAUUUUUUUUUUAAAAAAUGGAAACUGAAGCUGCAACUGCUAGGCGCAGAAUCAGCUUUAUUGCAGCACACUUUACACCCAACCAAGACAUCAUAUCUGCCACCCCUCUCCUUCCCAUGAACUGCAGUGGAAGUUUGAAUUCUGUAAUCCGGAGGUUUGAUAACAGAUUGUAUUUUGCUCGUCAAAAUUCUGUUUCUCAAGCCUGUUUCAUGAGGCAAAUUUCAAGUGAACAGGGAACUGCAGGUGUACCUCUCAAUUCCUCUGGUUCAACAGGAUGCUAUCCUAGUGCUACUAAAGCACCAUCAUUUUCUAGACCGGCGAAGAGACAACUUAACUUCUCUCGUACUGCAGCUCCAAGACAAGAUUGCAAAUUAUCUAAUUCUGACUGUCCCUUGUUUUCUAGACCAAAUAUAAGUAAAGGGAAGCCGUUAUAUUCUCUAAGCAGACUAUAUUCUGCCAAAUCAAAUGGAACUGCAUGGUCUCCAAGGAUGGAUAUUGCAGAAUCUGGUCACAAUUAUGUUAUGACAGUAGAAGUUCCAGGUGUUAGAAGUAGUGACAUCAGAGUGGAGGUUGAUGACCAAAAUUUGACAGUAACUGGACAACGCUCAACCCAGUGUUGGAACAUAGCAGGUCAUUCAAAUGAUUCGAUCACUGCAUAUCACAGGAAAGAGAUAUCACAAGGGGCAUAUCGGGUUUCAUGGCCACUUCCCACUAAUGCGAACAGGGAAACUGUGUCAGCCGAGUUAAUGGAUGGGUUUCUACAAAUCAUUAUUCCUAAACUUUGAGAUUAAGCGAUGCUGGGGAGAGUAUACUACACAUACACAGCUAUGAAAGAAAUACCUUUAAGCACCAUCUUAGUAGUUUAUUUACUGUAAUUGUGAUACAUGUAUGUAUUAACAGCUUAUGCCCAUUGUCAUAACUUGCUCUACAAUAUCACACCUUAAUGAUAUUGUUAGUCUAAGUCUGUCCUCUGGAUGUUGUAUUUAAGGUUGUUAAAUUUUGUUAGGGUUUAAGUAUAUGGGUAUAUGGACAGUUCCCAACAUUCAGCAUUGUUAGUCAGUUUGCUUUCUACUUUAUAUGGAUCUCUCAAGGACCAUCUCUAUUGAAACAGAUUGAACUUUAUGUUUGUAUAUAUGAUGAUUUGAUUGACGGCAUGAGAUACUCUUAC